AUGGCAGCAGGAGCCAAUGACAUCCAGGUGCGGUUGCGCCGAUUGUGGGAGAAGCAGCGGGAAAUAAUUGUACUGGUAGAAGACCAAUUCCUCGACCUCUCUUCUCCUCCGGGAGGGACCCUUCUUGACCUUCAGAAAGCUGCUACUCGAACUGAAUCCUACGUGAAACUUCUCUUUGGCAGAUCGAGGGCAUUUGAUGCUGAAGAACAGGCAUCUCCUCGUUACGGUGAGAAUUCUGGCCCACUCUAUCGCGAGUCUGGAAGAUGCUCUCUGGCGUCGCCUCCUGAACAUCGGCCUGACCCGGUGUCCUUAAUACGGGUUAUUAAAGAAGUUCACGUUGUCACAAACAGGAGCGCUGGAGUACCCUCCAGCAACCUAGAAAUUGCAGACGACGGCGCCGGAGGCGAAAAUCCAGAACUGCCCGACGAACAUAAGUAUGACAUCAGGGAUGGAGCGUCGAGACAGCUGGAGUUGCAACCGUUUACACAAGAACAGCUGGAACUCCUGCAGAAAUUGAGAGGCAAUUUUCCACCUCUGUCGUCAGGAACAUCGGCCCGCAGCGUUCCACCAAGUGACACAGGAAGCUAG